ACUAAUACACUAUAAUAAACAAUAAUAACAAACAAUAAAAUAAAACCAAAAAAAAAAUGAUUGAAGACAUUGAUGGCGGCAAUGAUGAUGACUAAUGGUGUUUAUGUUGAAGACAUUGAUUCAACAACACGACGACACGAAGAAUAAGAAGAAGAAGACUGACUAUUAGUGUUGUUGUUUGCAGUGAUUAUCAAACAAACAAAAAAGACACCAAAAAUGUUAUACAUAUUUCUUGUAGAAAACGGAUCAAUGAUGACGUUUGACAUGAAUUUGGCGCUUCAGAAUGUGGCAAAUCUGAAGAAAGCCAUCGAAAUCCAGUGUCAGAUACCUGAAGACAAACAAGUUUUGCUCAUAAGUGGCGGCGAAAGUCUGAAUCCGACCGCCCGGGUCUGUUCGUACGGCUGUUCGGGAACCGAUACGAGUCCGAUAUUUUUGUUCAGCAAAUCGGCCAUCGAAAACGUUAAUCCGCCGCCGUGUAUUACCGAAUACGAUCCCGAUGUCGAUAUGACCGAUCGGGUCCAGAGUUGUAUCGAUAUGAAUCCGCCGAGUAUCAAUACGGUAGUGGCCAGGGCCGAAAUGGCUCAACAAUUGUACGAAAUGGCCAAACAACAGUAUCAUAAUUGCGAAAAACUUGUUCAUGACCAGCAUCUACAGCAACAGGGCUGGGCUGCCGUUGUGGCCAAUCUCGAAGAUAUUGCCAACUCUUUCACCAACAGUGCUCAGGUGUUGGACGAUAUGUUCAACCGAUUUAUUGACGAAAAACCUGUUUAUCGCGAAUUGUUGCAAAUAUUUGACGAAGACAUUGAUACACUAUCGAAGAUACCGUUAUUGUCAACACUAAGCAAUACUAGAAACACUGGUCAACAACACUCAAUCAACAACAACAACGAUGAUGAUAAUGAUGGUGAAGAACAACAGCAACGACAACAACAACAGUUGUCGAGUCUACUCGAAUGGAUUGGACGUAAAGAUAAUCAAAAUAGUUUGGAACAAUUGAAACAACACUGUUGUCAAGGUAUGGAUCAAUUUGAUUCGGAAGAGCUAACAAAAGUCAAGGACGAAGUGGCCGAUGUACUUGAAUCGUGCAAUCAGUCGUCGAUGAAAGAGGUGAAAGGUCUGGAGGAACGGCUGUACGGUUUAGAAAAGUUGAUGUGCGAGUCGAAGAAGUGUGUCGACGAACAGCGCGAUUUGGCUCAAGCUUUCUAUCAGAACCAGACUCGAGCCGCUAAUCUAAGAGAUCCGUCCAUUUUGCCCGAUCUGUGUUCCAGUCAUCAGCAACAGUUGCAAGUGAUGCUGAAGAAUCACCAGAAACUGCGUGACAUUCGGCGUCGAUGCGCCCGCGCUAAGGAAGAAUUGGCCGGCAAUUUGCACGCACGGCUCCGAUGGAUUGUAUUCAUUGAGAAACGUCUGGGCGAAGUGGACUCGAAAGUACUGAUCUAUCGGGAAAAUAUUCGCCGAUUGAAAAAACAUCUGGAAGUUGUCCAUCAAAUUCAUUUGACACCGAAAUUGUAUUUGGCGUCAGUGGUCGAAGUUGUCCGACGUAAGACAUUCUCCGAUGUUUUUGUUCGCUGGGCAUCGAGUUUGGCGGACAGUUCGUCAAAAUUAUUGGAAAACGAAACCCGAUUGCGUCAAUCGUUUUCCACUCAAUUGGAUUCACAUUUUCUACGGGUACUGUUUCCGGGAAUCAACGAUUUCCCGCCCUAUUUUGCUACCGAAGCUCCCCAACCGUUUGACCAGAAAUUACCUCAGCUAACUGAAGCCGAUAUUGAAUUUUUGCGGCAAAAAUUACCCGAACUCAGCGAUAUGCUGAACGUGCCUUUGCCAGUGCCUAUGCCUGAGCCGUCCAUCACCAACAACAACAACAGUACGUUAGUAUCAAAACCGAGCGAAUCAGAUACCGAUGACUAUGAGACGGUUAACGAAGAGUUUGAUAAACCGUCGCCCGAUGAUACGGAUGCGUCUACUGAUGUAUCAAUACAGGUGUCCAUUGCUGACACCUGUUUUGCCGAACUUGAAGAUAAAAUGAAGAAUAUUUCUCAGGAAUUAGACAAAAAAAUCAAUGAAAACAAAGAAUUGAUAGAAAAUUGUGACAAACUUGAAGAACAAUUGUUGUUAAAAGAUAAUAGUUUGCAAUCAUUUCAGAAAACUACGUUCAACUCUAUCUCAGGUCUCAAAGAUUUCAAGACAUCGAUUUACGAACAAUAUUGUGAUCUUCGCUGCAGUUAUUUGUCGUCGUUUGAAACAAUGAAACAACAGUUAAAUGAUUGGCUUAUUUCGAAAGAAAAUGAGUUCAACCAGAAGGAAGUAAAGCUGAAGAAUAGUUUACAAGAAAAUGAGACAACAAUUUCUGGUCUUAGAGGUUGUGAACAAGUAUUACGCGACGAAUUGGAUUUGCUCAAGACUGGCAUCGAUGACCUACACAGUGAUAAUCAUCGAUUGGGCGAAGAAUUGACUGAUAAAAUGCGCGAAAUUAAUGAAUUGCGCGAAGAAAUGGUAGAAAAUAAGACAUCGCUGACAUUGGAACACGAAUUGGAGUUGACAUCGAUGAACGAAGAGAUGUCCAAAUUAAUACAAACAAAUCAAUCGCUAGAAGACACGAUCAAUGAUAAGUUAAAUGAGGUGAUGGCUAUGAAAAUGAAUUAUGAAAAACUAGAAUCGGAACUAUUGACGAGAUCUCAAGAGGAAAAAGAUUCGCUAAAGAGUUCAUUGAUUCAAGAUUUUAAUGACAGACAAGAGAUACUGAAGAAUGAGUUUCAAUCGCAACUCAAAGAACUGGAGGUAAAACAUGAAUCGAUGGUCAAUGAGUUGCGCCAAGAAUUGGAUGAACAACGGCUGCGGUGUUUGAAUGAAUUGAAAGAAAAAUUAGAUUCUGAGCACAAACACGAAAUGGAUUCACUAAGACAUCGAUUCAAACUGGCUAUCAGUACAACAUCAAUAGAGCGGACACCGUCGGAGACUAGUCUUGAAAAAGUCAAUCUGGAUGUGAUCGACCAGUUGGCACAGGAACGGGAAGUUAUGAAACUGAAACAAUUGAUUGUCGACGAAAAGAAUCGCUACGAAGAGCUACUGAUCCGAUCGAAACGAGAACGCGAUGAUGAAUUGAAGUCAAUUAAAUCGGAUUUGGCCGCCAAAUAUCAGGUCAACUUCAACGAAGCCGUCAAUAAGCUAUCGAUGGAAAAGGAUUCAAUAGCUCAAGAGUUGUUAGCCAAAGAUACCAGUCUUAGCGCAUCGGUUGCCGCCAUCAACGAGCUGUUAAUAAAGUAUAAUAAUAGCUCAUUGGAGAGCAGCGGCAGCACUGGUAGUGAUGUCAAAAGUCAUACACAAAUUGUUGCCGAAAUUAUGAACCAAAUAGAAAAUGAAAUCCAAACACUGACCGGCAGUUGUUUCCGUGAAAAACAACUAAACGAAUCGGUUAUUUGUGGCGAUCCGAGACUAUUGCAAUGUCCGUGCAAUUCAGCCAAUAUGAUUAAAGAAAAAGAUUACGAAAUUAAUCGAUUAAAUAGGAUAAUCAAUAUGAAAGAGUCGGAAAUGACACAGUCGUCCACUACAUCGGGCAUCGGUAGGAUUGAAAGGGUGUCCGUUAUUGGCUGUGAAGUGGGCGAUAUUGUGCUCAUCUAUUAUGAAGAGAAGUUUGAAAAUUAUAUUGUCUUCAAUCUUAAUCAUGUAUUACACUUUCUGCACACCGACUGUUUGGAUGGUCUAUCCCUAAAAUCAGUUACAGGAGAGGCCCAUCAGCAGCAGCAGCAACAACAACAACAGCAACCGCAACGUUGGACUAUUGCCGAAGUCACUGAUAAGGAGUACUGUCAGGCAAGAAAAGCACAAAAUCGUUAUAAGGUUCCCAUACAGACCAAGUUUUAUCGGAUAAAAGCAAAACCGUGGUCACGAUUGUCUCAAUUGAUGACCCGAUCGAUGGACAGCAAAAGUAUGAUAUUUAGGCCGACAUUUGCCGCAUCGUCAACAACAACAACAGCUACUAAUUAUAAUCAUCACAUUAUGAGCUCAUCGGUCUAUUCAGGUAGUCCUACCACAAACACCGCCACCACUACUUCCUCGUUACCGAUGUCCGCAUCGGUAACCAUAGACAUCAUCACCGCCGCGGCCUCGGCCGCCGCCGCCGACAAUAGCAACACAACAAACAAUGCAAACGAUAAAUGA